CUUCGUGUGAGCGUGCGCGCGCCCGAGUGCGUGCGUCUUUGGCGCCGGCUCCCAGAGUCUCGGAGGCUCGCGAUCGGCUUUGAAGAGCAGGACUUGCGGACAGCAAAAGAGGCGCGAGCAGAGGUCAACAGUGUGGGAAUUUGGAACAACUGAGCUGGAUGAAACCCUCAGGACAGAAUGGUGCUGGAUUCAGGGGCUCAGGUGUAUGAGCAGGCGCCCCCCAGCCCACCUGCCAGUCCCCCAUCUCAGCGCCCUAGGUUGAAGCCCUCAAAUCGAAAUGGGCCACCCCUGUACCCCUGGCCGCAGUCCCUGUCUAUGCCUUUGGCUUUGGCGGUUCCCUCAGCACUACAGUCCCAGCCUAUGUGGCAGACCUUUUCAAAGCUGCAGUUGGGACAGCGCAGCCACAUGCGUCGCAGUGAGAGCACCUACAGUGUAAAUAGCACUGGCCAGCGGGGGCGAGGCAAAGCUCCGCUGGGACGGGGAUGCGAUCCAGGUGGAGGGACCCUACGGCCUGCAGCCUCCUUGCCUCACAUUGCUAAGACUCGAAAGGAUGUGGGCAAUGGUAGCAACAAGAGCCCCUGCAUGUUAGUGGCCCUGCGGCCAACCAACAUGGACCAGGAACGGGAGAAAUUCUUCCAGUCCCAUUACACGUACAAUCCACAGUUCGAGUACCAGGAACCGAUGCCAAUGAGUGUGCUGGAGAAGUACCAGGAGGCCUCUGGACAGUUCAUCCAUCAGGCAGUCGGCAUCAUUGAGGCGGUCCUGGAGAAGUUUGGCACCUAUGAACACUUUGAGGCUGCCACAGGGGGCCAGCUGCUGACCAAGUGCCAAAUUUGGUCCAUUGUGCGAAAGUACAUGCAAAAGGAGGGCUGCGUUGGGGAGGUUGUGGUGCACCUGAGCGAGGACCUGUUGUCCCAGGCAGUCAUGAUGGUGGAGAACAGCCGACCCACACUGGCUAUCAACUUGACCGGAGCCCGCCAGUAUUGGCUGGAGGGCAUGCUGCGGCACGAGAUAGGCACCCAUUACCUGCGCGGUGUGAACAAUGCACGGCAACCGUGGCACAGCACCGAAGGCAGACUGCAGUACGGGCUGCGGCCAGCUAACCCCACGGAAGAGGGCCUGGCCAGCCUGCACAGUGUGCUGUUCCGAAAGCAGCCGUUCCUGUGGCGAGCGGCCCUACUCUACUACACCAUUCACCGGGCUGCGCACAUGUCCUUCCGCCAGCUCUUCCAGGAUCUGGCGCAGUACGUGCAGGACGAGGCAGUACGUUGGGAGUACUGCGUCCGGGCCAAGAGAGGACAGAUGGAUACCUCCCAGCCAGGCUGCUUCAGCAAGGACCAAGUGUACCUGGAUGGCAUUGUGCGCAUCCUGCGGCACCGUCAGACCAUCGAUUUCCCACUGCUGACCUCGCUGGGCAAGGUCUCCUAUGAAGAUGUGGACCAACUGAAGCCCCAUGGAAUACUAGAUAACACCCGAGUACCCCACUUUAUGAAGGACUUGGCACGCUACCGGCAGCAGCUGGAGCACAUCAUGGCUACCAACCGUCUGGAUGAAGAGGAGCUGGGCCGCCUGCUGCCUGACUGAUGUUGGUUAAGGGUCACAGACAGAAGAUCUUGACGGAGGUCUCAGAUCAAGAAUAUGAAGCUCUUUAUGGUUCCAUA